AACCAACCCCUCUUGCAUCCCCUCAUCGUAUUAUUCGGCUCAACGCCCCUCCUCUCCCCCUCCUUACCCCUCCCCGGUACACUCUCUCCGCCAUGGCCACAACAGCAGCAGGUCGCAUGCUCUCCCGCCAACUGCAGCAAAUGCAGUCGGACAAGGACAUCCCCGGGAUCAGCUGCGGAUUGGUCGAUAACAAUGUCUUUGAAUGGGAGGUCAUGCUUAUGAUCUCCGAUGAUGUCAAGUUGUAUGGCGGUGGUUUCUUCCGUGCUCGUCUCUCGUUUCCUCCUGACUACCCUCACAUGCCGCCGAAAAUGAAGUUCGAGACGCCUCUGUACCAUCCUAACAUCUACCCCAACGGUGACGUCUGCAUCUCCAUCCUCCACCCCCCGGAGGAAGACAAGUACGGCUACGAGUCCGCCGCGGAGCGCUGGUCCCCCGUGCAAACGCCCGAGACGAUCCUCCUCUCCGUUAUCUCCAUGCUCUCCAGCCCCAACGAUGAAAGCCCCGCCAAUGUCGAGGCCGCACGGUUAUGGCGGGAAGACCCGAAAGAGUUCAAGAAGAAGGUGCGCAAGUGCGUACGGGAUAGUCUGGGAGAGGAGUAAAUGAGUUCCUCCUUCCCUUAUUUACCUUUAUCAUACCUUGAGUCAAACCAUCCAGUCAUGGUUUGAUGUGAAUUACAUGGAACAGAGACGGGAAUGGGUCAAUAUGGGUUUUCUUUUCUUUAUGUGUUGUUCGUUGCAUGAUAGAA